AUGAAAGAACCUGAGCUGAAAGCCUUGGUAGAAAAAGAGAAGAAUGACCUUAUAUUGACAGCUUCAAAAUGGGCUAGAGAGGAGGACGAAGCUGACAAUGUACAAAAGAAGAGUUACUCUCCAGGAAGCGAACAUACUGGUGGGAUAACUUUUAAGGUCGAUGACGAGGAUCUCAAGGGUAACGAUUGUGUACGUCCCCAACCUGACAAUGGACUGGACGAGGAACAAAGACAAGAGCUUAGGUGCAUAGAAGUUGCUUUGAUAGAGUAUCGUGAAGCUCUGGAGGAACAGGGGAUGAAAAACUCCGAGGAGAUAGAGAGAAAAGUAGAAAUCAAACGAAAGAAGCUUGAAGUUGACUAUGGUUUAUCAGGAUCUCACGAGGGCAACAGAAACCAACAUGACCAUGUUCGUUCUGAUCCAAUAGAGCCCUGUAGAACUGCAGAGAAAUCAAUCGUAGAGCGGAAGGCAAGGCCUGAAGAUUCUCGAGAAUCGUCUAAAAAGCGACACCGUGGGGAAAACCACAGCCAAAGUCCACCACGGAAAUCAUCAGCCAGGGAGAGAGAUCAUGACUUGGACCGGGAAAGGGACAAAGGGAGAUUAAGAGACGGAGCUAACCAAUAUGAUUUGAACAGGGACCGAGACCAACGUCAAAAGAGUUCAAGCCACGACCUGGUAAAACCAGAGAGAGAGAGACAUGGACUGGGGCAGAAGAGACUUGAGGUGAUGAUUGUUCCUUCACCUCAUGGUUUGUUCUCUGCAUGA